GCCAUGGAAAGCCACCGAUUAUACCAUAAUCAUUACUCGUUAUGCUCGCUCCAGGUGCGGUACACCAUUGCCAUAGCUGGACCACCGCGGGAUGGGCUUCCGCCAAUGCAGUUCGACGAGGUCGUGGUCGACCUAUUCAAUGACGGCCAGUUGGACGAACACUUCCUGACGAAAGUCAACCGCAAGGGACAGGCACGUCUUCCAGUGCCAGCACUCACUUCGCCUACCCUUGACAAGCCGAUCGCAGACAGCUUGGAAAUCACCUUCUAUCUACUCAAGCACUACCCUGGUUUGAUGCCAAAGUCACACGAAGAAGAGAGUCUCGCGCUGCUGAAAGCCGUCCAUGAUUUGAAUUAUUUUGCCCUUUCGUUCCCCGACCGGCCCCAGGUCGUCGCAGGCUUCGUCAAGGCUAUCCGAGAUCGGCUUGCGAGGGACGACAUCAGCGACGAGUACAGAGAUGCCCUGGAAUACAAGUUAUCAGUCACCACGCGCGAAAAAGUCCAAGGCAUCAAGCAAGACGCUGUUCGUGCCAAUGAGGAAAAGGCACGCCAUCUCCUGGAAAAGGUUGAGUCGCUACUCUCGGAAGAUGCGCCCUGGCUGUUGGGGUCCAACCGACCAACCGUGCUAGAUGCACAUUUGGUCAUCUUGUUAGGCCGCUUGCAGGACGUGGGAAGGUCCGGGAUCGUAUCCAACAGGCUGCUGAAGUAUGCUGAUGCCGCGUUUGGCACACCCGAGCUACAGGGCGUCAUGCAGGGACGAAGGACCAUGGUG